GUGGCUCGUCGAGUCUGGAGGUAGAUAGGCACUGUUGUCACUUUUUUUCUCGCGUCUGGUGAUCUUCUUUGAUUGUGCGUUUUAAUACAUCAUAUUAAUUGAAAAUCAGUUUUCCAAUGAAUACGCUCGAUGUUUCAAUCCCCCAAUACCGUCGGAGAUAAUCAUUUCUCUCCGUUUUCAUCUCCCCAGUUCUAAUUAUAUCUUUGACCUUGUGCUGUAAUGUGUUGCUUCUGUGUAAAAGUGGCCUCCAUGUUUCGUGUGCAUUUUCGUGAAAUUGUCACCGGGAAAUUUGAAGCCCGAUAUGCACACUAAUUUGCCCAAUCCGGCGUUAUUUCCAAAGAUUUUAGGCGUUAUCGAAGGGAACUCCUAUCCGCGACUUCAUCCACUGACUGGGGUGCAGUUGAAUACCCCACCUCUCCUCAAAUAAAGGCUGAUUUCGAAAAUGUAAACCAGCCCCCAAGGUUAUUGACCUUGUGACAUAUUCCAAGCUUUUUACUGAUUUUGUUUUGUUUAUACCGCCUCCCACCCCUCUAAUCUACUCUUUGUUGUCUGUUGAACAUUUUGAACAGAUCAUACCAGUGUUAACCAUCACGGAUGAUGAAUAAUGGCUCUGACCUGUCACGGCCCAGAGUAGACUCUCACCUCAAGAUCCCGUCUUCCAACGGUGGACUACACGGUUCCAUUCCCCCACACAUAAUGAAUCCUCAGUAUAUGAAUGUUCAGAAAGCCCCUGACUCCAUGUCUAAAGGACUAUCAGAGUCUUUGGCUGGAGGGCUGUUAUCUGACCUGGAAGCCGCAUCGGAAUUCUCACAGCAGAGCAUGGUAGGCUCGCAGUAUUACGAUGAUGACAUUCUCUCGCAAGGACUCACAGACGAUGACCGUCGACUGGCAGCAGCGCUGGUUGCUGUCCAACUCAGCAAAACUAACAACCAGGCAAAUCCCUCUCAAGCCGAUCAACAAGCGCAACAGCAACAAGCAUCAUCGAUGCAGCAACAGCAAAUGUUGUCCAAUGAUCUUCUCAACUCUAAGCAGCUGACAGCGAUGGCUCCCAUUGACAAGCCGCCAAUGUCUAGUAUGGUUCCUAAUUACAUGCAAAGUGUAGAUGACGCAGUUUUCCAAGAACAGUUGAACAACAUAGUCCCACCGCAAACCACAACAACUCUUCAGACAGCGCCUCAGACUUCAGCAUCUAAUGUGCAAGGAGUUAAGGCUGAAGUCAAAGAGGAAUAUUUCUCCCAAGUGAAAGCCGAGAAAUCGAAUGAUGAUGGAAAAGAUGACUUGGGGGACGAUAUGGGGAACGACAGCAAUGCAAACGAGUCAAACACAUCAAGCAAUAACGACACGGACGCAAACACAACUGGACUGACUGAAGAUGGAGAUAUUGAUGGAAAGACAUCGGACGAAGAUGAGGACGGGGACGGAAAUGAGGAAGAAGACGAGGAUGAAGAUGAAGAAGAGGAAGAUUCGGACUUCGAUGGUGAAUCCAAGCAAUCACGGAAAAGCCUACCGCACAAAAAGCGAAUCCCCAAAAAACUGAAGAGAGGAAAUACUGCUCCUAAAAGCCCCAACAGCAAAGACAAGUCAGGCAAAAAAGACAAGUCAAAAAAGAAAGACCAAGGCUUGUCCUUAAAAUGCGAGCUCUGUACGAAAACAUUCACCCAUCAGCUGAAGUUCUUUGAACAUUUGAAAUCUCAUUACGAGCCCCUCAUCACAAUCAGUACACCUGGAACCAGUGGCAAGUCUGAAGCUGUUUCCUCUACCUCUUUGGACGAUUCCAACAACAUCACCCAGACUGAUUUCACAUCUGCUUUGGAGCUUGGCAACACGAGUGAAUCUGAAAGCCAGGUUAAAACUGAAUCCAAUGCUCCCACAUUGUCGUGUGACCAUUGCGGCAAGACUUUCCGCCGCCCGAAAGCGCUGGAGACGCACAUUGCCAUGAAUCAUGGUAAACACAAUGACAUGGAUGACUUCAGUGAGCCUGAAGACAUGAUGGAAGGUAUCAGAGAUGUUGUUGGCAUGGCAUCUGGAACUAGCGAAGGAAAGAAGAAGGAGAAACCGAAGAAGAAACGUGGAAGGCCAAGGAAAGCGGAAGUUGCUGCCAGGGAGGCUGCUAAAGCUAGAGCCAUAGCAGACGGCACUUGGCAACCCCCGCCAGAACCCGGUACCAGGAAGAGGGGAAGACCGAAGAAAACAUGGAAAGAAGCGGAUUUAGCUAGCAAAGUUUUGGCUUGCACCCUUUGCCCUCGAGUAUUCACACAUCGAAACUCUCUCAUGUACCAUGUUCGUUCACAUUCCGGUCUGAGACCGCAUCAGUGUGAAGUCUGCGGUAAACGUUUCUUCGCUACAAGCGCAUUAAAAGUGCAUUUGAGAUUGCACUCUGGUGCCAAGCCAUACAAGUGCGAAUUCUGUGAAAGACACUUCCGACAAUGGGGAGAUCUGAAGUACCACAUCACAUCUAUCCAUACUGACCAGAAGCAGUUCCAGUGCGAGUACUGUGGCAAGGAUUUUGCACGAAAAUACUCGCUCAUCGUCCACCGCCGAAUUCACACUGGAGAGAAGAAUUACAUUUGCGAAUUUUGCCACAAAUCAUUCCGCGCCUCAUCUUAUCUUCAAAACCAUCGCAGAAUUCAUACUGGUGAGAAACCACAUCAGUGCCAAAUUUGUGGAAAACCCUUCCGAGUACGCUCAGAUAUGAAAAGACACGUCGCAACUCACAACAAAGCAAUGGUGACAUCGUCACACUUGCAAAGUAACGAUGUUAGUCAGAGGCUCGGCCUAAUGCCGACGGUUAACGACCAUCACGCUGCGCACUCGGCUGUGGUCCGUGCCCCUGAUGGAACGAUCGGUUUGGCCAAAGCGAACGAGCAUGCACAUCCGCAUGCUCACGCGCAUGCUCAUGCCCACGCACAUGCUCAUGCUCAUGCGGCAAACGCUGCUCAUGAUCAUUAUAAACACAUGAAAAAUCCUCAACUCCUCGUGCGAUUUGGAGAAGAUCAAGACUCUGCCUUACCGGACGGUUCAAGUUGCUCCGCUCCUCUCAACUUGAACAUUCGUCCACACAAUGACUCUGAUGACGGGCUCGCGUACUCUAGAGAAUCUCUCGAAAGAGAAUCCAGCACACUCUACGUAUGGAUUCCAGCUGGAGCGGAUCAUUUGUUACCGGACGAGUAGCAAUCACAGUCCCACGUCCCUAGUGCACGUGGGUCUCUUUAUGGCAAGGUGCCUUCAAACAUGACGUAUCAAGAUCCGCGUCGUUGAAUUUUCACCGCUCGAAAUUCCUGGAAGAUCUUCCUUUUAUGCAGUGUUUUGAGAUGUCUCGAAACAAAGAAGAUUCCUUUUUUUUUUUUGAUCAAUGAAAACUUUCGUCUCUUCCUGUCAAGGCAAGAAGAGUGUUGACUAUGUUACUAGUUAACGUAUCUCAACCCUGACGCCUGAAGAAUCUCAGUUCCUAAAAAAUGGACUUGGACCUUAAAUUUAAGCUUGGUGGUUCGCAAGCAUACUGAUAGCGGUUUGAAAAUCUUUAAAUUUAGUUUAUGACCUUACAUGAAAUUGAUAGCUUUACUUCCUGUCAAUUUCAUGCUGCUCGCGGUCUUUAAAUCGAAUCCCGAUGGACUCUGACCUGUUAUAUGCUUUUUUUCUAUGUGUAAUUUGCAUGAAAUGUCCUUUUUUUAUAAACAAAUUAUAGUGAAUUAAGUAUGUUAUAUUUAAGCAGACCUUUAUACUCUGAUCUUGCACCUACAGUAGGUAAUUCAUGGACUGUAAGAAAUGAAAUGACUUUUGACUAUUAUUGACUUUAUCAUGUGUAUUAUAAUUUUGAUGUUUUCUUCAAUCAUGCUGUAGGACAUAAAUUUAAUCACAGUAGAUUGUAGCCACUAGUUAGUUUUGUUGUUGAGCAAACAGGAAGGAUUUCAAUUUACCUUUGUUAGAUAAACAUCCAACAUUUAGUCUGGCAGACCAAUCUAAUGGGCUCACUAUAAACCAUAGUGAGAUGGUCCAUAUUAAUGGCUGAGUGAAAAAUAUUGACGUUUGCGGAAUACCAAAUUUCUGGACCAGUAUCAUUAUGUUUCAUUCAGUCGGCUGUAAGUAUUUUCUAUCAAAAAACGUCUCCAGGACACCUAUAACUGACUUAAUCAGGUCAUUUUUCUAUAGAUACUCUGUUCUGCAACUUCAAAAUAUGUAUUUUGCUUGUUUAACACUUUUUAUAUAUUUUAUUCGAUGAUUACUUCUUUUUAUUUCUAUUCAUUUUAUUUUAUUCUUUUCAAUUUGUUUAGUUUUUAAGUCAUUACUCUAAUUAUAAGAAUGCAGGAAGUCUUGCGCAGCCUAUUAUCAUUGCUGAAAGAUGUAGUGUCCUUGCGGUGAAGUAGAAGACUUAUUUACCCUUAUCGAGCAAGGAUCUAUUAUUUAAAUCUUUCUCAGUUUUUAAACAUCAAUGACUGGUUAUUUUUGAAACAAGCUGGGUUAGCGUUGAAUCCAUAUCAAGAAUUUUCCUGUUUUGUUCGCCUGGCUGUAGCGCAGACAGUUUUCUCUCUAAAGUAUUCCUGUAUUUAGAUUAUCCUAAAAUGCAAUCAUUGCAUAGGUAUAUUAUUCUUGUAAAUAUCUCUUAGUUAGCUCUUUGUUUUCAAAAACAAAUUUAUCUGAAAGAAUUGGUGCAAUUCGUGUUAAGAGGAAAAUGAAUGAUGUAUGAUUUUGGAGAAAUGGAAUAGUUUUCAUGUCAUUUCAGUUAAAUAUAGAUAUCUGAUCUUUAUCUCACAUGCAAAAAUAAUUUUUAAACAUUCUAUUGUAUCUAAUGUAGCACUCAAUUAUAAUGUUAUUGUGUUAGGUGAGUUGUGGAGGUAUAAAUCGUGUAUCUAUUUUAUUUUACUCUUAGUUGUAUUUUUUUAUCAGUUCUAUUUCUUUCGUAUUUCUUAGACCAUGCCAAAAUUAUGCUUUAUCUAUUUACUCUUUUAUUUUAAGCUCAAAGCUACUCUGAAUUCCUAAUUUUCCCCUGUAAGAAAUAACUCCUAAUUUUAUUUUCUCCAAUUUCAUCUAUCCGCUUGUACAGUUUUUCCAGCAGUUUAUUUAUCUGAGAUUAUUGAGACUUAUAUACUUGAAUAUUUUCUACCUUAGAUUGGUUCAGUUCUUUUAUGUAGGACAGCGGUUCUCAACAGUUUUUGGCUGCAGACCACUUCAUAGCCAGAGAAGAGGCCUCGGACCACCAAAAACGACAUUUUUUUGUUUCAUUUUAUUUUUUUUUAGUUAACUUUUAAUUUUUGUUUUACUAAACGGGAGGUUACCUCUAAGUUUCACAUUGAAUCUUAAAUUGUAGCAAGCCCUCACGGACGACUACUCAUCAGCCUGCGGACGACUGGUUGAGAACCGCUAAUAUAGAAUGCCAUCGAAUGGAUUUAUUCAAAUUCUGUUUUUUGGCCAGGUUAAAUGAACAAACAUCCCUGGUAUUGUUUUGAAGCCUUUACUAGUAGUAACAACUUAUUGUACACUUUGAAUCAUUAAAUGCAGUUAGUAGGCAGUCGACCAUGAGGUAUUAUUUAAUUUUAAUUUUUUCUAUUUUUUCCUCCUUAAAAUGUCUGAAACAUCUGAUUCUCAGAUUUGACGUUGAAUACACCCAAAAUUAUUUGUAUCCUAUUUUUUUAAUUUUGUUUUGAUUUUAUACCCACCCGUAUUUUUUCCCUGGCAAUUUUAACAGCUCUUGCUCGAGUAUUUGUAAUCAAAAUUAAUAGGAGGUGAGAGAAGAAAAGGAAAAAUAGUUUGUGUUCUUAGCAGACACUUCAAUUGAUGAAAGAUGAAAGUGAAGCUUUAAAUGACCCCAUAAAAAUUACGGUUCGAUGGCUUUAGUCGAAAAAUGCGCAUCUCAGAUUGGGGUGUAGUGAGUCUUAUUUCUUGUUUUAUAUUUUUUAAAGGAAAACAUAUCAACAGUUUCUAUUGAAAUUUUCUUUACUCGCUCUAAAUAGAUCACUUAAAAUUGCAGCGAUCCAUUUUAAUCAGUUUUCCUGAAAGAAAAUUAAACAUUAUUGGAGAUUUCUUAAGUUGCAAUUGAGAUACGCAUUUUCUGCAUUCAUCUAUCACCAUGUAUAAUAAUUUGUUUUCUACCAAAACCUUUCAACUGUAUCGGAGGUUUCUUCGCUUUGACUCUCACCAAUUUAGGUGAGCAGAAUGUCCGCAAGCAUCCUUCUUCUCAAUCUUGCCUUCUAAAUUCUAUGGUGCUGAGACUCAGAUCUCCACUUCAUUCAAGCUUGUCAAAUAGGUGUCUUUGAGCAUACAGGAUUUACAUUUUUGUGCAGUUUUGAAAAAUCACAUGUCUGCCACAGAAAACCUUUGAGCAGUUAGGAUGUUUCAGAAAGACCAAUGAUCGUUGAUUCAUUUGCUUAGUGGUGUCCAGAUACGCGGUUUUAUCCGCCACUGGCGAAAUUUACCGCACACUUAAAAAGCCAAAAGAAGCAGUGAAAUCUUCGUUUUAGACUUUAUCUCAAUAUUGUUUGAAUUUUGCCUUAACUUGUCUAUGUCCUGUUGGAGUUGUUACAAAAAUCUCUCACACUUCCAAAGAGCUUUAGUUUAUUGAAGCAAAACCAAGAGUUGCUCUGAGUCCAUAAUAAGUUCAUUGAAAGUAUAUUGUCGAAGAGGUACACACUCAGUAGUGAUCCAGUGAAAUGAUGCAUGAAUUUUUCAAGCUCAUUUCUCUUUGUUCUUUUGAGAGUAGACCUUAGCAGCACACCAAAAGAAUUGAAAUUCGCAAUUUUUCCCUGCCUUGGCCCUUGUUAGACCAUCAAAGUACAAGCAAAUUCUCAUGAAAGUAAAUGGAGGCGUCUAGAAGCUUAUCAACCAUCAAACAGUUAUUUCAGUAAGACAGAAAUCGGACAGGAAUGUCCCGAGUGAUAAAGUGUGAUGGCUGAUAACCUCAAUACGAUGGUAAUUAGUGACUGUUUGUCAGCAAAUGCUCCGUUUUAAUGAUAAUUUGUGUGUAAUUCAACCUAAAUAUUUUGAUUCUCUAACAAAGGCCCUAAUGAUAUGGGAGUGGUGAAUACUUGCUCAGCCAACUGACUCCACCUACCUCAAAAUGCAAUUUUUUGCAUACGAAAUUCUAGCAGGUAUUGUAAAAAUCGGUAACCGAUUUAUUCAUCGGCACAUCUUGAUGGUUUAGCUGUGGACAGUUUUUUUGUGUAUUGCUUAGGUCUCAUUUGAUUGCUUUUCAAUCCUGAUUUGUAAUGAUUCUGUGGACAAGAGCUCCCAUCGCUAAUUGCUUCAUGUAAAAUGGUUAAAGCAAAAAAAAGAAAUAGAGAAUUAGCUCAUACAGCACAUCUUGUUAAGUUCCGUUGCUCUGAGAAACUAAAAUGGUUGUUUUAUCAUUGACGUUCCCCAAUUUUUACAAGUUAUUUUUGAGGUUUACUGCUGUCUCUAUGGAAGUCACUUCAUUUUUUCCCUCAAGUAUUCUAAAUGUUUUGCGUGAUUCAGACCUGUUUGUAGUAUAAUUCUCCCUUAGAAGGACCAUGUGGCAAUAAGUUUUCUCCCUUUAAUUUAUUCGAUCAUCCAGUUCGUCGUUAAAAUUUUUUGUUUGUGUUGUCUAGCAAAACUUUUUUAAGAAAGCACUCUGAGGGAACAGCGAAUUCCCAUGUACAUUUGAAAUUUCGUUGUUUAAGUUUGGUUAGCUGGCUAAUUUUGAAAGAUUAUGAAGCAUCAAUGUUAUCCCCUGCUAUCGCUACAUGUGCUUGCUAUAUAUGCCCUUAAUAUAACUCUUAAAUUAGUAACGUAAUUACUCUUAUCAUGUAUUGACUUCUAGACAUGUAAUCUUAAACUUAUGAUUAUUAUUAUGGUUACUAAGUAUGCCCUCUAUAAUUUCUACAAUUUUUUAUUUUAAUUUAAUUUUCCAUGAUUCGUAUGAUUUACUUUGAUUAACUGUAUCAUAUAACUGAACUGGUUGUAAAAAAUGUAAUUAUUUGAAAUGUAUUUUAAUAAAACAAUUUGUCUUCUAA